AAAUCAUAAUUGAUAUUUGUAGACGUUAUUCAUAUAACUUGUUGUUGGUUAGAUAAAGUGGGGAGUGUCAAGAACGCUGAAUUCAGGUAUAUAAGCCUUGAUAGGCCAAUACAAUGGGUUGGUGGAAAACUCCCAAGAGCAGAACCAAAAUGUGGAUUUUAUGGAGAAAAAUGCAUUUACAAAAUAGACUGGCGAUUAGUUACUAGUAUGACUUUACUGUCUACAGUAUUAUUUAUAGGUGCAUUGUUUGCUUUGAAGUACUAUCGAUACGAACAGAAACUGGCUUGUCUCCUUUGGAAAAUAGAUAUGAAAGACGUAAUUUUGAUUUCCACCGAAACAAACACAGAAAGGAACACUUGUAAUAAAAAUAUGAUAAGAGUUUACCGUAAUAGUAUAUUCCAAGCGCCAACCAGCAAUAGCGUCGUAGAGGUAUCAGAUCAAUCGCCAAGGAGAGCUUAUACAGCCAUUGGGGUCUAUAAGGGAAACAUCGUCGCCAUCAGACAUAUUUACAAAAGAUCUGUGGAUCUUACAAGGUCUAUUAGAAAAGAGCUUAAACAGAUUAGAGAGGCGAGACACGAAAAUCUCAUACCAUUUAUCGGUGCCUGCGUCGACAAUGGCAAUGUGGCUAUACUUACCGCCUAUUCAGCGAGGGGCAGCUUGGAAGACAUAUUACAGAAUAAGGAUCUUCAUUUGGAUAACAUGUUCGUUUCAUCACUCGUCACCGACAUUUUGAAGGGCAUGAUUUACCUUCACGAUAGUGAAAUCAUAUCGCACGGUAACCUUAAGUCAAGUAACUGCCUAAUAGACAGCAGGUGGGUCUUACAAAUCAGUGACUUUGGCCUGCACGAAUUCAAAGCGAAUCAAGACGAUCCCAACUGGAAAAUAAAAGAGGUCAAGAGAAUGCUGUACAGGGCACCGGAGUUGUUGAGAGAUCCAUCACCACCGUCUAGAGGUACCCAAAAGGGUGACGUAUAUUCCUUUGGGAUUGUGUUGUAUGAAAUCUUAGGGAGGAAAGGACCAUGGGGAAAUAUCGACUUAGAACCUGAAGGUACCUGUAGCACAGUAAGAUCGCUCAGGCUAAUACAGUGGCGCUUCCAGGAUUUCAGUCUGGGAGGGGUAAAAUGGAAAGUAAAUUCUCAGUGUGACGUACUGAAGUGUUAUGAUCAGUUAACAUUAAAAGCAUGGACAUAUGCGGACAUAUGAUUUGUUACAGUAAUUUCUGUAGAAAAUACAUACAGUUGUUUAUAAUUUUGAAUCAUACGA